GUUCCCGUGGAUGCGUCCACGGCUUUAAAGCACCUGCAAAAGGAACUGAUGGACAUCACUAAGGACCCCCUUCCCAUGUGCUCUGUGGGGCCAGUGGGAAAUGACAUAUUCACAUGGAGGGGGGUCAUCACGGGCCCCUCCAACAGCCCCUGUGAGGGAGGGGUCUUCUCCCUAAAUAUAUACUUCUCACAUGAUUACCCCUUUCACCCUCCGUGGGUUUACUUCACCACCCGGAUAUACCACCCCAAUAUCAACAGAAGAGCACAUUUCCAUAUAGAUAUUCUCAAGUCCCAGUGGUCGCCUGUGCUUACCAUAUCCAAAGUAUUGUUGUCCAUCAGCUCCAUGCUCUGCCACCCCAAUCUCGAUAAUAUGUUAGUUCCAUCCAUUGCGAGAAUGUACUUAAGGAAUAGGGAGAAGUCUAAUACUUUGGCACAGGCUUGGACGAGAAAAUAUGCCAUGUGAGUGAGAAGUAAACAGUAAACCACCACCUUAAUAAAA